CAAACGUUCCCAAAGUGAGAAGCGAAAGAAAAGAAAAGCAAAACAGAAAGCACUUCUUCGAUUUCUUUUCUUAUUCCUCAAAUCGCAAAACAGUUUCUCAUUCCGUAACCGAAGCGCUUCUCUUCCCAUCGCCAUCACUACCACCGACUCCUUCAUUCCUCAAUCGGGUUCUUGCAUUCGCGGUGGUGGUGACGCAUGGGAUUUGAAGCGAUUCUUCAAAACGCUAUUCAAGAAUCAUGAUUAACCGUUGAUAUAGAAAAAGGAUUUUUUUUUUUUUGGGUGAUUUUCAUCUACCAGUGGUUGGUGAAAGGAGGGAGCUUUUUGUGGCACCGACCAAAUUAGGGUUUUGAUAUUUGUUUUAUUCGGAACUUCGGAUGACUUAUUACGAGAAUGACGGUGGUAUUGGUGGGGGUGGUCGGAGAGAGGAGGUGGUGCCGGACCUCGCAAUCACAGUCCAAGCUGAUGAAAACAAUGGGGACUAUUUGAAACUGAAGAACGGUCCUAACGGCGAUGAUUCUGCGGUAGGUGCUGUCGUGGUGGAGUCUCCGGCUCCGGCGAGAAGAUCCGCCGUGUGUUAUUGGGCGAAAAUGGUGUUGUUGUUUCUGUGCCUUGGGUUUUUGGCUGUUGUUGUGCUCAAGUGGGUUGGACCCUAUUUCAUAGACAAGGAGAUUAUUCCAGUGAUAAAUUGGGAGACUAAGACAUUCAGUACUCCAGUGCUAACUGUGCUGCUGUUUGCUUCUGUUGCACUCUUCCCAACCAUACUCUUGCCAUCAACACCUUCUAUGUGGGUUGCUGGGAUGACAUUUGGUUAUGGCUUUGGAUUCUUGCUAAUUAUAUCAGCAGCUGCAAUCGGUGUAUCGCUUCCUUUCUUCAUCGGCUCAACCUUCAAUCAUAAAAUUGAAGGGUGGCUGGAAAAGUAUCCAAAGAAAGCCUCUAUUCUAAGAUCUGCUGGUGGAGGAAGUUGGUUCCAUCAGUUUCGGGCAGUUGCCUUGAUCAGAAUUUCUCCAUUCCCGUACAUAAUCUACAACUAUUGUGCUGUGGCAACAAAUGUUAAGUACGGGCCUUACAUAAUUGGAUCCUUGGUAGGAAUGGUGCCAGAAAUAUUUGUUGCAAUCUAUACGGGAAUUCUAAUUCGAACUCUGGCUGAUGCUUCAAAUGAAAAGCAAUCCUUAUCUGCAGAGCAAAUCAUUCUGAAUGUUGUUGGCUUCUGUGCAACUGUGGCUACAACGAUCAUUAUAACAGUUUAUGCUAAGAGACGACUCAAGGAGUUACAAACGGAGGAAGAACCCUUGUUGCAAUAGCCUAUAGUAGGGGGUCUAUUCAUGGAUUCAUUGUUCCUGCACUGAAGUGAAAGCAUAUUCUGCUAUUGGAAACUGGCUAUGGCUAGUGGUGCUCAUUGCACUUAUGAAUGUGGUUUUCAAAACAAGUAGCUUCAUUCAUGGGAAGGGAGGAUCAACCAUCAAAUGUAAUAUAAUGGGUGGGUAUGGUUGACCGUUGAUGAUGUUUGAGGAACCAAGGAUAUCAAAUUCUCAAGUUAACUUAAACUACUCUAAACUUUACGAGUUACCUACUACUUGAGUUUAACUAUUUAAGUUUAGGUGAAUUUGAGUUUGAUAACCUUGGGGAGGAACAAGCUAACAUGACUGACAAGUAUUUAAGUUCAGCAUUUCCGUUUCUUGUUCCUCUUUAUUAUAGUUCUUUUUUUCAUUUAUAGAAAUUGUUCUCAAUGUUGGUGUUUCUUUCUCUCUCUGGCAUUGUAUAUGAAUGAAAUUCCUGAUUUAUAGAAUGUAUCCGAGCUCGGAAUGAUUUUUCUUUGUAAAGCAACUAUAUCAAUGAUUGUUUACUUUCUCA